AUGACAGCCGGCACAGUGGUCAUCACAGGUGGAAUUCUGGCUGCCAUUAUCUUGCUAACUAUUGUCACAGUUCUGUGUUACUGUAGGCUGCAGUAUUACUGCUGUAAAAGAGACGAGUCAGAGGAGGGGGAGGAGGAGGCUGAUGUUGCCAAGGCAUCGCCAAAUCCACAGCUCCAACCGAGUCCACCUGAGAGUCCACUGAGUCUUCAACAUUUCCCUGAAUAUGCGUCCUCCAAUCAGCUGCUAAUGACUGCAGAGCCCUUUGAGCCCAAUGGACCAUAUUACUGCUGUAAAAGAGACGAGUCAGAGGAGGGGGAGGAGGAGGCUGAUGUUGCCAAGGCAUCGCCAAAUCCACAGCGCCAACCGAGUCCACCUGAGAGUCCACUGAGUCUUCAACAUUUCCCUGAAUAUGCGUCCUCCAAUCAGCUGCUAAUGACUGCAGAGCCCUUUGAGCCCAAUGGACCAGUAAGCUACCCUCAAUACUUCAUGCGCGCGCCCUACAGACCGCCCCGCUCAUACACUUUCUGCCCGUCCUGCUCGGGGUAUCUGCCGCUCUACAUGAGCCCACAGGAGGGGCUGCGUAAUGGGGGUGGCAGGAUCAGCUACAGGACACUGCAGCAGGAGGAAUUAGACCUGCCAAUGGAGGUGCCCAGCUUCCACAAACUCAACCUUAUCCGCUCUGUCACCAUGCAAGAAGUGCUGACUCAUCACAGCAUCAGCACGGAUGUGUAG